GCCUACAGCACAGCAAUGCGAGUGAUGUCCACUGUAACUCUGACUCUCUUUUGUGCAAUAAUAUGUUGUGCCUUGACAGAAAAGCCAUCAAACGUUUCAUCUCCAAACAUUAUCAUCAUGCUGAUGGAUGACAUGGGUUGGGGGGACUUGGGGUUGUUUGGCCAGCCCUCUAAAGAGACCCCCAACCUUGAUGCCAUGGCUGCUCAGGGCAUGCUGUUUCCAAAUUUCUACACUGCCAACCCACUUUGUUCCCCAUCCAGAGCUGCACUUCUCACCGGGAGGCUGCCUGUCCGAAACGGUUUCUACACCACGAAUGCUCAUGCCAGAAACGCAUACACACCACAGGAGAUAGUGGGAGGAAUCUCUAAGGAUGAGAUUUUGUUACCCCAGUUGCUGAAGAAAAAGAGCUAUGUCAGCAAAAUAGUUGGCAAGUGGCAUCUGGGCCACAGACAGAAGUACCUGCCUCUGGAGAAUGGUUUUGAUGAAUGGUUCGGUGCACCAGACUGCCACUUUGGCCCUUACAACAGCAGCUUCAAACCCAACAUCCCCGUUUACAACAACUCUGAGAUGCUUGGCAGAUACUAUGAGGAGUUUAAGAUUGACAGGAAGACUGGAGAGUCCAACCUCACACAAAUGUACUUGCUGGAAGGUCUUGACUUCAUACACCGUCAGACUGAGGCCCGGCAGCCCUUCUUCCUCUACUGGGCACCCGACGCCACUCACUCCCCCGUCUAUGCCUCCAAACCCUUCCUAGGGAAGAGCCAGCGUGGCCGGUACGGUGAUGCAGUGAUGGAGCUAGACUACAGCGUCGGUCAGAUGUUGUCAUUUCUGCAGAGUCUGGGCGUUGAAAAUAAUACCUUUGUCUUCUUCACCUCAGACAACGGCGCUGCUCUGAUGUCUGGCCCAAAUGAAGGUGGGAGCAACGGGCCAUUCCUCUGUGGGAAGGAGACCACCUUUGAAGGGGGCAUGAGGGAGCCUGCCAUUGCCUGGUGGCCUGGACACAUCAAAGGAGGCACAGUGAAUUUCCAGUUGGCCAAUGUGAUGGACCUGUUCACCACCAGUCUGGCUCUGGCUGGCAUCAGCCCUCCUGAUGACAGAGCCCUGGAUGGACUGGACCUGACACCAGUCCUGCUAAACCGCUCACACACACUCCAAAAUAGGCCGAUCUUCUAUUACCGUGGAAAUGAGAUGAUGGCUGUGAGGCUUGGACAAUACAAGGCACACUACUGGACCUGGAGCAACUCAUGGGAAGAGUUUAAAAAGGGCAUCGACUUCUGUCCAGGUCAAGAGAUCCCUAGUGUGACGACUCACGACCAGAAAGAGCACACACUGCAGCCCAUCCUUUUCCACCUGGGGCGGGAUCCUGGGGAGAAGUUCCCCAUCAGUGUUCUGACUAAGGAGUACCAGGAUGUGCUGAGCAGGAUCUCUCCUGUUGUGGAGCAGCAUAAGAAGAUGCUGGUUCCAGCUGUUCCCCAGCUCAACAUGUGUGACAUGGCGGUGAUGAAUUGGGCACCGGCUGGCUGUGAGAAGUUAGGAAAGUGUCUCAAAGUGCCAAAGUCUGAGCCCUGGAAGUGUGACUGGCCACAUUGAGAGGAUGAGGAACCAAUACCUAAAGAUGUGCCUUUCUACAGAACAACAGACAACCUUAUGUUGUUUUCAAUAUGUGGUUUUGACAUUUUUGUCAAAUGGUUUAUGUACAAUGUUAAAGACAAGGGCAUGGGGUCAAACCAAGGGAACAUUGUAGAGAUUAUGCAAAUAGAUUUUUUACAGCUGUAAUGAGCACACACGGGUUCUACCUGAGACCCACUGGUUUUAAGUCAUUUUAAUGAUGUCGAGCAGAUAGAGAAAUGUAUUUAUUUUUGAUCAUGCCUAAUGUAAUGAAUUACACCAUGUUGGAGUAUUGGUUUAAUGCUGUAUCAUUGUUCCAUGCAUACUGCAAAACAUGUGAUUUUUAAUAAAAAAAAAAGAUUAUUAAUACAUUU